AUGAGCAACCGAAAACUAGCUCGAAUCGGUCACUCAGGCAAGGAGAAUCAAAUCACAAACACGCACUACACCUCAAAAGACGUCUCUAUCCCCGACGACUUCCUCACCGGCCCGGCAGACAAACCUGUCACUCUGACGCCCGUGCCGUUCGCCACAUCCCAAGUCCCAGAGUACGAUGGCCUAAUCGCCGUCGUCCUGGAUAACGUUAUAUCACCAGAGGAGUGCCAGCAACUCUUGAAGCUAGCGGAAGCCAGUGCAGAAACACAGGGCGAAGACGCAUCUCCAUGGCGGCCAGCGCUAGUGAAUGUCGGGGUUGGGAGGGAGAUUGCCAUUACGGACUACAGAAACAGCGACCGCAUCAUCUGGGACAAGCAGACUAUUGUGGACAGACUGUGGAAUCGGUGUAUACAGGCCGACGGGCUGAAGGAACUGCUGUCAAAGACGCCUGAUGAUGAUAUUGGACUUCCUGGUCGAUGGGUAUUUGAGCGGCUCAACGACCGUAUGAGAUUCCUCAAAUAUACAGAGGGGCAGUUCUUCAAUUCACACUUCGAUGGGCCGUACCACUACACUGCGGACGGGACAGAAAUUCGAACCCACUACACCGUUCACUUGUAUCUCAACGAUUCUGAGGAGACAUCUCCAUCUGGGGAAGGAUUUCGAGGCGGCGCAACGCCCUUCCUCUCCAGAGAUGAAAAGAGACGCAUCGACGUUAAUCCCAGGGCGGGAAGUGUCCUGAUUUUCCAACACAGAGGUCUGCGUCACCAAGGGUCAAAGGUUCUCAGUGGUGUCAAGUACACGAUGCGGACGGACAUUUUGUAUCGAUGGGUGAGCGAUGAAAAAACAGGACCAUAG